CGGGGUCCCAGCGCUGCCCCUCGCUGUUCUGGCGUUUUGAUAAACGGUUUUCAACACUGAACAAGCAUGCUCACUAGAAGUCGCAGCCCUGCCACAUCAGUGAUCUAUAGAAGGCCCUCUACAGCAUUCAUAACUCCCUCGACUUGCGUCAGAAGGUUUAGCCAGGGCUUUCCAAUGGCUCAAGAUGGCGAGCGCGCCGCUGAUGGCAAACCCGUCAACUUUGGCCUCGUACUCUUCCCAGCCUUCCAGUCUCUCGACGUCUUCGGGCCCCUGGACGCCCUCAACAUGCUAUCAGGCUCAUACAAAAUGAACCUCUACAUCAUUGCAGAUACCCUAGACCCGGUGCCAACAAGGGUCAAGGACGCCAGUCACAUCUCAAACUUCUGCGAGAGCGUCGUCCCAACACAUACCUUUCAGACCGCUCCGUCGCUUGACGUCCUCAUCGUUCCCGGCGGGCAGGGGACUCGGAACCCGGGCAUCAGCACCGCAAUCGACUUUGUUAAGGAGCGCUUCGACUCGCUACAGUACCUGCUGACAGUCUGCACCGGCGCCGGAGUCGCGGCACGGGCGGGCGUGCUAGAUGGGCGGAGGGCGACGACGAAUAAGCUCUCGUGGGACCAGACGAUUGCGCUGCGGCCGCAGGUUAAGUGGAUUCACAAGGCAAGGUGGGUGCAGGAUGGGAAUGUGUGGACGUCUUCGGGCAUUAGUGCAGGCAUCGAUCUGGCAUUUGCGUGGAUCGGAGCCGUGUAUGGGAAGGAUGUUGCGAAGAAUAUCGCCAACAGAAUGGAGUAUACGCCUGUUGAGGACCCAAGCUGGGAUCCAUUUGCUGACUUGUGGGGGUCAUCAAAGUAAGGUGUACAGAUAUGGGUGGUGUUCAUAGCUGGGUAUUGUGCAGGCCAUUUUCAACGC